CUAUAACAUACUAAUAAUACUCCUAAACAAACUAAAACAAUCCACGAACGAAGCCAGAAGCUCACAACCGGGAGGAGUCCGGCAACUUCAAAAAAAAAUGAAACUGAUUAAAUCCAACUCUAACUCUAACAUCUCAGCCUAAAACCCUCGACCUACACCUAUAAAUAAUAGGCCAAAACCUGCGUUUUCUUCAUCCCGAAACCUGCAACAUAUAUACACAUAUACGUAUAUAUAUAUAUAAAAUUGCGACCCAUCGUUUUAGCCAGAACCAAGCCUUGAAAAUACUUCUCAAACCUUCCCCUUCAUGAGACGAAUCCAACGGAAAAAGAAUCGUUGAAAACGGUCGUGAAACGAGGGAGAAAAGCCUCGCCGGAGUUCGCCGGGCAAACUUCAACGGCGGAGAAACGGGGAAGAAGGGGGACACCACUGCCGCCGCCAGUCCAUCACCGUGCAUUACCGUCCAUCAGAAGUCCGCUACCACCAUCUUUGGCCGUGCCGUUGAGGUGAUUAUCUAGAGACCGGAUUAGAGGAGGAUAACUAGGAGCAACAUGACUUAAGUCAUGCCGCCGAGAAGAGACAUCCAUGCAACCCCAACUGUCGACGAGUUGGCACAAACUGUCCAGCGAAUGGCGCAGCUCAUCGGAGCAGCUCAACCCCAAAACCCUGGGAUCGACUACGCAACAAAGGUAGCCGGACGAAACCGUCCAAAAUACUUGGGCGAGGAGGACCACCUUAUCUUGGAGGACUGGAUCCGCACUUUCGACAAGCUCUUUGAUUCACUGAAUUGCCUGUCGGAGCAACGGGUGAAUAUUGCGGUGUAUUAUCUGCACCAAGAAGCGGACCACUGGUGGGCCGCCAACGGACCAGCACUUCUCGGGCAACCGGGCUUCGAUUGGGAGGACUUCAUAGUAGCGUUGCGGGAUCGCUUCUACCCAGAUCACGUGAAGGAAGCAAAUUAUGAAGAAUUUGUCAACUUUAAACAAGGUGACCUGACUGUUCAGGAGUACCACACGAAAUUCGUUCAACUGGCACGUUUUGCCAAGGACCUGGUAUCGACAGAGGCUAGUAUGACCCGCAGGUUUGUUAACGGGCUUAACUUCGGGUCCCAAAAGUUCGUGACGGUAGCGGAGCCGCGGAAUUUGAAUGAAGCUUAUAGAAAGGCUGGUAAGUACUAUCUAGUACACCAGAAAGAGAGAGAAGCCCAUAAGAGAGAUCGGAAGAAUGCUGAGGUGGAACAGCAACAAAAGAAGGCCAGAACCGACCGCCCUGAGCAAAGGCAAAUCAAUCAAGGCGGAGGAAACUUCCAAAACCAGGGGCAGGGGAGAAACCAACCAACUCAGACGAGGCACCAUAAAUGCAAAUUAUGCCCAAACAACCAUCCCGGGAAGGAUUGUGCAGGAAAUGCGGUGAGGUGUCGCAACUGUAACCUCUUGGGGCAUCGGGCAUACGAGUGCAGGAAACCCCCGAACCAGGGACAAAACCAGGGAAACAACCAAGCCGGGGGUGGGGUUAAUCACGCCAACAACAACCGUGGUAAUCCUGGAAACCGCCCAACAGAGGCCAACCGUAAUCCGGGCCAGGGAGGGCAGAACAACACCCAAGGCCGGAUUUACGUCAUGAACCAGGCUCAAGCAAAUGCGCACGAUGUGGUAUCAGGUGAUUAUCUAGAGACCGGAUUAGAGGAGGAUAACUAGGAGCAACAGGACUUAAGGUGAUGAGUUGGAUGCCUAUGUGGAUUGAUGGAUUGCUCGAGCUUGAGUGCGAAUUAGAAGAUGCCUUAGUUAAAUCUAGUCAUGAAAUUAACAUUUACUUAUUAUUAAAUUAGUUUUUAUUGUUUUACUUUGAGUUGCCUGUGCAUUCGGUUAAGAGAUGACCGAAUGUGGCGGUAACACUCAUUUCCCUUUUAGACUUCCGCUGUAUUUCUUCAACUCUUUAAUGAAUGAAUAAAGUAUUUCUUUUAAAUAUAUCAAUGUUUUGGACGGGAAAUUUAGGGGUGUUACAACUACGUCCUCCGCCGAAGGGAAGCAAGCCAGCCGACAGAGGGUGGCAAGCUAGCAUUGAAGUACGAAGGGCCCUACAUCGUCAGUGCCGUGGUCAAACCCGGCACCUACAAGCUUAAACGCCCGAAUGGGUCCAAUGUACCACGAACGUAGAAUGUACACCAUCUGGUGAAGUUUUAUCAGUAAUCCGAAGGAGGUGCAGACGGCGAAGCCCUCACCCCUUAACGGGUUACUGAUUGAACGCCAC